GUGCCGCCGCGGACUGCACACCCAGGAGUCAGCACGAUGAUUCUUCAGAGCUGUGUGAUAGUGUUAGUGUCUAACCUGCUACUUUGCUGCGCUGGCGCACGAAACGUUGUUAGCGUUACAGAGUACUACAGAAUGCCCCCACUGUACGCUAUGGACAACUACGAGGAGUGCCUGGCACAUGAGUCCGGCCAGUACUGUGUCUUCGCUGCGGAAAUCAUCCCCGAACCGGGCAAUGACGUCAUCGAUUUGAUAACGGAAUCUUCACGAAACAGAAUGAUACAAUUUAACCACUCACGCAUAGAACGAGGAUUAUGUGUGACGAGAACUUGCAAGAGACACAUCAACGAGAUGUCGGUUGUAGCGGUACUUGAGGCGUGCCUCAACCAAACAAUACACCAUGAAUAUGGAGUCCAGAUAAAAGUUACGAACGUCUAUUACUGUCAUAGUUCGGACAUAACUACCGAGGUGGAGGUGGACGUCGACGAUUGGCUGUUUGGAGGCGCAGUAUUCCUUAUAAUUCUAUUAAAUGCUUUUGGAACAUUUUACGAUUUCAAUUUGCAAUCAAAAACAAAAGCCAUCGGUAAUCCUUACAUACUCAGUUUCUCGAUUUUCCAAAGUUGGAACAGGCUGACAGUAAGCGAACAUAAGGACAGCAGAUUUACCAAGUUUAAAGCAGUGCAUGCAAUAAGAACAAUUGCAAUAUUCUUCACGGUGCUACAACACGCUCUCUGGCUGACGGGCUGUGCCUUCAUCGACAACACGAGAGACUUCGAACUGACAUUUGAUAGACCGUUUUUCCAAACUUUAUACAGCGGUAUGGCCUUCAUACAAUUACACUUCGUAAUAUCUGGAUGUCUGCUAAUGUACACCCUCAAAGUAGAAGCGGAACAACAGGCCGUGUCGUGGAUGAUGUUCCCGUCCGCGGUGGUCUCCCGGCUGGGCAGAAUACUGCCGGCGGUUAUAAUGCUGGUCUGGUUCACGGGCACUUGGUUCCGGCACGUGGGCGGCGGGCCGCUUUGGCCCUACCACGUGGGGCGCGUGAUCAGCGACUGUCGCCGCUACUGGUGGUCGCACCUGUUCUUCUUCAACAACUACUUAUCGGCAAAUAAAGCUUGUGCUGUUCAAACCUGGCACGUCACGGCUGAAAUACAAAUGUUCGUGGUCGCCUUACUGGUCUACUUGAGCACGCGGCGGUGCGGCCGGACUGUGGCCUUUGUUGGUAUGCUGGUGGUGGGGCUGGUAGCCCCCGCACUGCACGUGUGGCUGCAGGACCUAGAUGGCAUCCUCCUGCUCUCUCCGGAAUUAUUUCGCACGUUAGACAGCCCCGAUUUCCGCAUCUUACAUCUGUACACCCACAAUUACCUGGUGCCGUUUGUAACGGGCAUAUUCCUCGGGGAAUACAUCUACUACGCUCCUCCCGCUGCCCACAAACUUCGCAAGAGCAAGGUACAGAUGACUGCAAAUCUUUCUCACUGCAAUACGCCCUGCAAAUUACAAUGUAAAAAUGAUCUGGACACGACUUUUAGUUUCCAGAAGUAUUAA